CACAACACAACCUUCCAUAACAACGUUGGAAGGUACAAUGGUAAUGACGCGGAACAAGGUUUGAAGAUUCCUAGUCUCAUUCUUUUCAUCACUCUGACUUUUUUUCUAAUUAAAGAAUUAUAUAUGUUUUUUUUUACUGCAUGCGUAUAUGGUUAAGAUUUAAGAAGGGUCUGUGCUGGAGAAUGGGUCAGCAAUUGGACCUCUCAUUCCUAUGACCAAAGACUAGUCCGAUUACACAAAAUCCACUCCACUUUUCUCAGUCAAACUUUCCUUUUCCUUUCUAUUUUCUGCGCUUUCCCACCCUUCAUAAAUCCCAUAUAACUCUCACCUCUCUCUUAUUCUCUUCUAUAUGCUUCUAAACCCUUUUCUUUUUCCUUUACAUGCUUUAACAUGGACAACAUGGGAGACCCAAACACCAUCAUACAAGAGCUGCUACAAGGUUUGGAGUUGGCAAGGCAGCUCCAACUGCAUCUCCACACGCCCUCUUCGUCCCACGAAACCCGUGACCUCCUCAUCCACAACAUCAUAUCCAUCUUUGAAAAGGCACUUCAAAUGGUAAAUUGGAAAGCUCCGGUGCCUGCCGGUGAGUCAUCACAACUGCCUCUGCCACCCGCAAUCCGAAUGUCAGACUCACCUAUCAGCAGCAGUCCCCAAAGUGAAGACUCCGAGAGAGAUUUGAAGGACCAAGACCACAAUGCUUUCAAGAAAAGAAACACUUUGCCCAGAUGGACUAAAAAGAUUCGGGUUACACCGGGAAUGGGGGUGGAAGGGCCUCUUGAUGAUGGACAUAGUUGGAGAAAAUAUGGUCAGAAAGACAUCCUUGGAGCCAUGUACCCCAGGGGCUAUUACAGAUGUACCCACAGAACUGUGCAAGGUUGCAUGGCAACAAAGCAAGUGCAAAGAUCUGACGAGGACCCUACAAUUUUUGAAAUCAAUUACCGAGGAAAUCACACAUGCACGGUGGCCCACAGCGCGGCUACUUCUUCAAUAAUUCCACUAGAAAACCAAGAACCAAAUCAGCAGCAGAAUAUCUUGCAGAGCCUUGAGCAGCAACCAAAUGAUUUACUUUUGAGUCUCCGAGAAGGGUUAAGAGUCCAAACACAAAACCUUGAUUCCACUGACCCAUCAUUUUCUCCAUUCCGUUUCCCUUUAUCAACAAACAUCAAAAAUGAAGGUCAGGUUUUCCCUCCCCAUGUGCUUGAAAAUUUCAGUUCUCCUUAUAUAUCACCUGCUACAUCCGGAAUCACCCACUUUUCGGUGUCUCCAACUGGGGUGAACAAUUUUGGAGGGAACCAAAAUUUGGCAACUUUUGAGUCUCAUAUCAAUGACAUCAUCCCAGCUGUUACUUCUGCUCCAAAUUCAGAAGCUGUUGCUUUAGAGUUUCCUUUCGACCCGUUUGGAUUUGAUGGUCAGAACCUUAGAUUCGGUAACCCAUGAUUUUUCUCCCGAGUAUACUCAAUCAACUGAAAUUGAAUGAAACACAAAAUCUAUUACUUUUUUAAAAUAAUAGAAUUAGAAGCAUAUGAUGAAAGUGGAAAGAUAUCAGCAAGUUCUGUAAGGUAACAACAUUCUAGAGUUAUAUGACCCUUUUGGAAAGAGGCAAAAACAUUUCUGUGUGUCGUAGGAAUCUGCAAUUCUAAAAUUGCUUAGUGAAUAAGAACUUUCCUUCAUAAUGUCAAGUUAUCACAAACUCUUUUCUCAUUGUUUUUGGCUGCAAUAUCAGGAUUUGACUUUAUUCACAAAGGUACCUACUCAGUGCAAACUGGAUGAUGAAAAUGGUCAUUUUCUCGAGUCAGAGGAAAGGGGAAAAAGAUCUAAACCAUUGUAUUUCCUUCCAAUUUUCUACAAAUAAAAUAAACAAUCCAGUUUCUAUAGAGCAGUUUAAGGUAUCUUAUCUUUGACCGUUGAAACGUUGACGCGGACCAACACAAAAAC